UUCUUCUUUCUUAAAGGAAGCCUAGAUGAAUGAAGAGAAGACAGGUAAGCCUCUAGGUGGUGUCAGAGAGUUUACAUGUAUACAUUAAAAAGGGGAAGAAGAAGAAGAAAAAAAAAACUCUGCUCUCUCCAGGCUAAGUUUAAUCACUUUUUGCAAAGCAUGUGUACUGCUCGGAGAGAGACGUAGCGACCCCACUUAGGUCUGCAACAUUACCUGGAAAUAAUAGGGACCUUAAAGGACUGGUCACAGCUUGGCAACAGAUGAGAACUUGGUCACAAAGACAGAGCCAGCCUGGUAGCAGAAAGAAGCUCCUAUGAAAACACUGGAGGGUCAGAAUUUAUACUUUCAUUGUCAUCUGGUGGGAGACACAGUAGGAAGAAUAUGAACAAACAAAGUGAUAGCAAAUGGACCCACAUAUUCCCCUUUUUAAUGGUGUCUUUGGUGUAUUCAGCUCUAGCAGAGUAUUCUAAUUGUGGUGAAAAUGAAUAUUAUAAUCAGACAACUGGUUUGUGCCAUAGCUGUCCAGAGUGCGAGCCAGGGGAAGAGCCAAACAACUCCUGUGGAUAUGGCACCAAAGAUGAGGACUAUGGUUGCAUGCCUUGUUUUCCCGGCAAGUAUUCUAAAGGUGGCUACCAAAUAUGCAGAAGACAUAAGGACUGCGAGGGAUUUUUCCGGGCUACUAUUUUAACUCCUGGAGAUUCCAAGAAUGAUGCAGAAUGCGGUGCUUGCCUUCCAGGGUACUAUAUGCUGGAGAGCCGUCCUAAAAGCAUGUAUGGCAUGGUUUGUCACUCUUGCUCACUGGCACCUCCAAAUAUCAAGGAAUGCAUUGGAACAGCGCAUUAUCCUCCCGGUGGUUCAGCAAAAACAUUGGGCACCAGCCCUACUUCUCCCUUCCAACAUGCACACAAAGUGGACGUUCCUGGUCAAGGACACCUGGCCACAGCUUUAAUUAUAGCCAUGUCUACGAUAUUUAUCAUGGCCAUUGCAAUUGUUCUUAUCAUCAUGUUCUAUAUUGUCAAGACCAAACCAACUAGAGCAUGCUGCACUAUCCAUGCAAAGAAUGUGGAAGCUCAAGUCUCUAACCAGGAGGAGAAAAAAGAUGUCCCAGGUGAAAGUGUUGUCAUCUACCCUGAAAAGGACGAAUUUGAACAACUUUCAGAAAAGCAAACAAAGACAGAGAAGAGUGAAAAUGAUGCUUCCUCUGAGAAUGAACAUCUUCUGAGCCGCAGUAUGGACAGUGACGAAGAAGCAGCUCUUGACAAAAUGGGAACGCCUGAUCUCUGCCUCCUAUCAUUAGUUCACCUGGCAAGAGACAAAUCAACUACAAACAAACUGACUGGGAUUCAAAGUCGAAGGAAAAAAAUAUUAGAUCUCUAUGCAAAUGUGUGCAAUGUUGCAGAAGGUUUAAGCCCAACAGAACUUCCUUUUGAUUGCUUAGAAAAGACAAGCAGGAUGCUUAGCUCAACUUACAAUACAGAAAAAGCAAUAGUGAAAACAUGGCGUCACCUUGCCGAAAGUUUUGGCCUAAAAAGGGAUGAAAUUGGAGGAAUGACAGAUGGACUUCAGCUUUUUGAUCGGAUUAGUACUGCAGGGUACAGCAUCCCAGACCUGUUAACCAAAUUAGUACAAAUUGAAAGACUAGACGCUGUGGAGUCCCUUUGUGCGGAUAUUGUGGAGUGGGCACAAUCUACACCAGUAGUCACAACACCUACAGUGCCAAACACAGAAGAUGUAUGAAUUGCAGUGAAACAUAUAUCUUAAUACCUGGACUAUGUGCCUUUCCUUUUGGAUAAGCUACAGUGCACAUAUCUGACUGGACACUGCGGAUCAAAACAGUGCAAGAAAACUAUGAUAUGUAGCAUCAAGAAGGAUUAGAAGACUUUUAGAAGUAUUUUAUAGGAAAGCAACAGCCUUUUCUAAUGGUGAACCACACACAAGGAUAAUGGCUCAUUAAGUACUGUUACAUACCACUGUUCAUUGCAUACCUUUUGUAUGUGAACCUGUGACCGGAAGGGCUACUUCCUCUCUGAAUUAUCAACGUUUACUGGUUAUCUAUGGGAUACAGACAGUUUAAUACAAACUAACGUAUUCUUCUGCAAUACAUAUUUCAGUAAUGAAAAAAAA